UUCAGAUCUUUGUUUCUUACCAACUAUGAGUUCCACGUCUGAGCUAGCGUGUGUUUAUGCUUCACUGAUUCUGCAAGACGAGGGUCUAGAGAUCUCGGCUACGAAUAUAAAUAAGCUGGUCAAGGCGGCUGAGGUAAGCGUUGAGCCAAUUUGGCCAACCCUGUUUGCCAAGAACAUGACCAGUGAAAGCAUUGAGGCAAUAUUGACGAACGUUGGAUCUGGUGCCGCUGUUGCAUCUGGUGGUGGUGGCGCUGCUCCUGCGGCUGGAGGUGCUGCACCGGCCGCCGAAGAGAAAAAGGAGGAAAAGAAAGAGGAAUCAGAAGAAGAGUCCGACGAUGACAUGGGAUUUGGAUUGUUUGAUUAAAUUCACAUGUUCUGA